AUGGCGCCUUCCAAUGGCACUGGUGAGAAGCCUGCUACCCGGAAAGCUUCUUCCCACGUUGUUCCCGUUGUCCCUGUUCUCCCUCUCAGCUAUGUGAAGCGGCUCCCGAAUCAGCCAGCCACACCUUCCCAGUCUACCCAAAAGGUUGACGAGCCUUCUACCCGACCUGCCAGCCCCGAGAAGAAGAAUUCCGGCGAUCAUGACGCUACCACACCGUCCGCUGCCACCAUUCACGUCGCUACGUCUACAUCAUCUACUACCGCAUCGAAUAGCAAUACUCCAGAUUCUUCCACCAUCUGUUCCGAGCCUACAGAGCAACCGUUUGUAUCGGGUGCCCCUCCUCCUCCUUCCAGUCAUCACAACCCCGCAUUUGAGCAGCCGGCGAGAACACCAGCCCCUGAGCUUCCUCUCCCCGCCCCACACCCGGCCAUCGCGAAUCGGCCAGUUUUCCACCAUCCUCGCCCCAGUAACGGAAGCUUGGUGUUUGCUCAUCACGAGUCUAACGCCUCCUCCCCUGUCCCUCACUCGGGUGGCUACGGUUUCCCCCCUCCUGGGAUCGUGCCAUACCCACCGUCUGCCGCUCUCCCAGUCACCGCUGUUGACGCUUACGGCCGUCCCUUGUUGGUAUCACCGACAGUAGAUUCUUAUCCGCCGACUGUCAUAAAGCAUCACGGGCCACCUACUCCCCAUAGCUACCACGGCUCACAAUCUUCCCAAAUUGGAGAUCACAUCUACAACCAGCAUUCGACUAUGAGCGGCACUCAUCCAACCAUGAACGGCACUCAUACAACCAUGAACGGCACUCAUCCCACUAUGAGCGGCGCUGGCCCGGUCAACGGCGGCCAGGGAGGAAUUCGGGGUCCUCAGCCUACCACCAAUGGUGUUCAACCCACAAUCAACGGCUCUGGACCCUAUCAUCCUACCGGGGGUAUGAGCCCCGAGGCCGCGGCUGCAUUAGCACAUCAUAUGAACUCGAUGUCGCCUUACAUUAGGGCUGCGCUGGGCGACAACUCGUACAGUGAUUGUACUCUGGACGUGAAUGUCCCAGUCAGCCACAUCUUCCAGGAUCACCCCGACUGCAGCCGACUGAACACUGCCAUUCGAACGCCAGCGCAUCGGCUUAUGCUUGGUCGCAGUCCAAUGCUUGCUGAGAAGAUUGGAGAGGAUGGUGUCCAGGCCGGCGGUGUCUUGCAAUUAGAGGUUCGUGAUGAAUGGAUUCGGCCGGACGUGUUUUGGCAUUGCCUCCGUGCGUUAUAUGGUUGGGAUAUUGCGGCUGGCAACCUACCGAGCCAAUUACGCUACUGGAGUGCCAAAGACGAGCUCAAAACCGCCCUUAGCUACUGGGCUGCCGGUCAGAUGUUGCUGUGUCCUCGGAUUCGGGGUAUCGCUUCGGACUGCGCAAGGAGAUUGCUUGGGUGGGAGACGAUCAGUAUCGCCGCUUGGUUCGUUUCGCACAACAUGGCUCUGGGACCCAGCUUGACCCACGAUGUGUUCCUCGACAGCACUCUGAACUGGAUAAUCUAUCAUCUUCCCCAGAGCUUUGAUGUGGACGAGAACGCGGGAGACUGUGGGUUUUCUCGGCUCCCUCGUGCCAACCAGUCGGCGUCCUACAGACCAAAUCCGCCUAAUGCACACGUGUCGUCGCGUGUUGCUGCCAACCCGAGGCUGUCUAAGAUCCGGUUCGGAGAUCUGGCAGAAGAAGGAUUUGACGUCGAUCAGCUCUAUCCCGGCAGUCCAUUCACACCCGCUCAGGUCAAUGGUCUCUUUUCUAGGAUAUUGCUGAACCUUCCAUUUGACCUGCUCAAGCAUGUCCUGGAGCACCCCAAUCUCUGCUCCAACGCCGGGCCUCUUCCGCCGGGACCUCGUUUGCGGAUUAUUGAUGCGGUUCGGGCGGCGCGGGAGAAGCGACGAUGGGAGUUAUUGGAAAGCACCGACAUGCAAGUGCGUGUCUAUCAAGAGCGGAUCGCGUCUCAGCCGGAGCCUGUUCCUGUGGUUAAUUUGGCCGACUUUUGGCACAAUAGCUUGGGCUUCAAGGAAGAGACUUUUAUCGGUGACGUGCCAUUCCUCAUUCGCACCUGGAGUCUUGGUCCUGAAGGCAGCGACGUCUAGUAGUCUGGCGGUGAACAACACCAAGGCGACACCGUUUUACGAUAUUAUGAUGGUGGGCGGGAUACGGUCCUAUUUUUCGAGUUUACAAGCAACAAACUCGGCAUCAUUGGGUGAUCCACGUGUUCAUAUUGACACUUGGGAACUGCAUUGCGUUUGGCGUUAUAUGGUUUACACAAAAUUUGGGCAUAUGUGUUGCCCGGCUGGUUAGAAGGCAGAAGGUGCAGCUUAUGAACGGGUUUUUUGCCUCUCGUCUUUUGCUCACGGCAUCUUCGCACUGCCUUUUCCCUGACUUGGAGGGUCUGGCAUCAAGAUCUGGGGUUAUCGGAAUCGGGAUUGCUAUGCUGGUUCGAUACUGCCACCAGAUGUCCCUGGACGAUGUCCAGCGGUUUCGGGGUCUUUCUUUCGAUGAAAACAUGUAAACAGUAGAAAAGGCCUGAGCUGGAGAGAGGCAGUCGGUUGUCAUCACCUGGCGGUCUCUCUCUCUCUCUCUGAUCACUUUUAAUGUCUUUUGUUUUUCUUUCAGCGUGGCAUUAUGGAGUCAUGGUCGAUGGGUUAGUGGGAGUAGGGGUUCAAGAUAUUCGCCUUGGAGGAAGAUUGGGGGGUGGGUAUUCCAGGAAUCUGAAAAAGAGUUGGGCUG